CACUUUUUUCCACAAUAUGUAUAUAUGUACAUAUGUGUUCGUGAUUGAAAGAGUAUUUUUGAGAGUUUUUGUUAUUGCUUAACAAAUUGUGCGGAUUUUUAACCGAAAUGUAAUUCAGAACUAAGUGCAUCAAACAGUGUAAUUCAUAAUGUGAUAAAGCAUUGGAUCGGCAAGCUGUAUCAUCGUUCAAAUAGAACAGCACUCUUCCUUCGCCAUUCGACUCCCUAUGAAAAAAAGCACCAUUUUGAAAUUGCCAUAUAUACAAAUAAUUGGUCAAAGGAUUACUCAUUGAUAGAAUGUUGCGGCAAAUCCUUCGUCUGCUGGGCGCCAUAUUUAUGUUGAAUGUAUGCCUUAUUAACUUACAAAUGCGUUGGGCUGUGCAUUGCAUCAAAGUUGAGCAUGGACACACGCAAACACAUUCAUAUAUAGAUUUAAGCAAUGCUGAAUCGGCGUCAUCAGCGCCAUUCUCUUCAGCGGACAUUGUCGCUCAGUUUGUUUUGCCACCCAUUAAUAAUGGAGGUGUGGCUAGCGGUCAAUUCGAUGGUGGUAGCUCCACGUCCACAUCGACGGAGGCUAACUACGGUAAUCACACAAAUACUGCUAAUAGUUUCAAUAUGGGCAGUUUUAGUGGUCAAUCGAAAAACUAUUUCACUCACCUUACCUUCGAUUACGCUCAUGACGUCUUUUAUGCGGGUGCCACAAACAAAAUAUUGAAGUUAAAUGAAAAUCUACGAGUUCUCUCGGAGGCUGUCACCGGACCCAAGCUCGAUGCACCGCAGUGUCAUGCCGGGGGAUGUCCGGAGGAUGUGGAGACGUCGCUGGUUAAUAACUAUAAUAAAAUAUUGGUAGUUAGUUACGCCCACAACGACGGAAUCCUCAUCUCAUGUGGUAGUAUACGGCAAGGUGCAUGUGAAAUUUACAAUCUCUUGCGAUUUCCAUCUGCUCCUCAAUUUGUGGCAGUGCCACUGGCUGCUAAUGAUGAAUAUGCAUCGACUUAUGCAUUUGUUGGCCCGUCGCGCUAUUCAUGGAAAGAGGAGGAUAUACUAUAUGUGGGGACGACAUUCACUAACGUCGGCGACUAUCGGCAUGAUGUGCCAGCGAUAUCAUCUCGACGCUUGGACGACCUAAAUUACGCUGAAUUUUCCAUACAACAGUCAAUUAUUAACAUAGAUGUGAAAUAUCGUGAUCACUUUCUGGUUAACUACGUUUACGGAUUUAAUUCGUCAGAGUAUGCGUACUUUGUGCUUGUUCAAAAGAAGUCACAUCUGGCUGAAGAGGCAGGUUAUGUAACGCGUUUGGCACGCAUCUGCAUUACAGAUCCGAACUAUGACAGCUACACUGAGAUAACCAUUCAGUGCACUGCUACGGAUGAGCAAAUCGAUUAUAAUAUAUUGCGGGAUGCGAAGAUAACGCAUGCCAGCCAAAAGUUGGCCCAUCAAAUGGGCAUUAAGCGAGAUGAUCAUGUGCUGGUGACUGUGUUCUCGCCAUCAAAAGAGAUAAGCGAUCAGCCAGAAAACAAGUCAGCUAUGUGCAUUUAUAGCUUAAAGGACAUUGAGGAUGUGUUUAUUGAGAAUAUACACAUGUGCUUCAAUGGAACCAAUAAGGAUCGGAAUCUAGGCUAUAUAUCUGGCACGAUCAAUGAUGGUAAAUGCCCAAAUGCAGGCUCUUUGGGCAACAUUUACAAUUUCUGCAGUGUUGGACUUAAAAUUAGCGGCGUUGCACCAAUAACGGCACAUGCGUUAUUCCAUUUUGAUAAUGUUUCGGUUACCUCGGUGACAGCAACAACUACAACUGAUCAACAGCAUUCACUUGCGUUUCUAGGCACUGAAACCGGCACUAUUAAAAAAGUAUUAUUAUCUGGUCAGAAGCCCGGGGAGUAUGAGGAAAUUGUAGUAGAUGCUGGCAAUCGUAUACUACCCAAUACAAUGAUGUCACCCAAAAAGGAUUUUCUUUACGUGCUGUCAUUGCGUAAAAUAACAAAACUGCGUAUUGAACAUUGUUCCGUAUAUUCAAAUUGUUCAACUUGUCUGGAGUCGAGGGAUCCAUUCUGUGGCUGGUGUUCCUUGGAAAAGCGCUGCACAGUGCGUUCCACAUGUCAACGGGAUACAUCGGCUUCGCGCUGGCUCUCACUGGGUAGUGGUCAACAAUGCAUUGAUUUCGAAUCAAUAGUGCCAGACAAAAUUCCCAUUACCGAAUUAACGCGGGUGCAGCUAGUAAUACGUACAUUGCCGGAACCAUUUAAUGCCAAAUAUCGUUGUGUAUUUGGUAAUUCGACGCCAAUUGAUGCCGAGAUACUGGAGCAUGGUUUGGCCUGUGAUACGCCUCCAAUUGAUCAAAGACCAAUCAUUGCUGCUAAUAUGGAUCAUGUUCUGGUACCGCUGUCCGUGCGUAGCUCCGAGACUAAUAAGGAUUUCGUGUCGCGCUCUUUUGCAUUUUUUGAUUGCUCCCAUCAUAGCAAUUGUCAGUCAUGUGUUCGAAGCUCGUGGGGCUGCAAUUGGUGCAUUUUUGAUAACAAGUGUGUCCACAAAUCGGAACAGUGUCGUAACAUGGAAAAUGCAAUCGGUGGAGAGAGUCAGUGUCCGCACUUGAAGCGAAAUCGUCAACCAAUUUUGCUGCCAGUGCGUGUGCCAAAAGAGAUAAGAUUAGAGAUUGAGAAUUUGCCAAAGCCAAAAAGUGCGCAUGCUGGAUAUUUGUGUACGAUACAAAUUGAGGCAGCUCAAAUGCUCUUACCGGCUCACAUUGAGUCCAACAAGAUUGUUGUGUGCGAAAAGACGCCGUACUUUUAUGAGACGAAUACACACGAAUACGAAGCCAAGGUUGAGAUAACAUGGAAUCGGCAGCAUUAUGUAGACACCGCCACGGUCAUACUGUACAAGUGUGACGUGCUUGGUUCCCAUCGAGAGCACGCUGACUGCAGUUUGUGUGUCACACGUGACCCGAAAUACCAAUGCGCCUGGUGUGGGAACUCUUGUGUAUACAAUGAAACUUGUGGAUCAUUAACAACAAAAAUGCACGGUCAUGGUCAUGGCUAUGAUGUGGGCUCUGUUUCAAAUAAUGUUCUCCUUCAAAAUGAAUGUCCGCGACCACGAAUUGAUAUCAUAAAACCAUUGUCAGGUCCUGUGGAAGGCGGAACUUUGAUUACAAUCGAGGGAAGCAAUUUAGGUAUUCGCGAAGAAGAUGUAAGAGGAAAAAUAUCAAUUGGAACAGUACCAUGUAUCUUGGUGAAUUAUCAAAUCUCUGUUAAAAUUGAGUGCCGUACAGGAGCAGCAUUGCGUGAGAUGUCGGCACCUAUUAAGGUCGCAAAUGAUGCUGGUUUUACGGAGUCAAGUGUUCAAUUUCAUUUUAAAAAUGUUCAGUUAACCGGUUUAUAUCCCACUGUUGGACCCAAAUCGGGUGGUACAAAAUUGUCCCUGUUAGGAAGAUAUUUAAAUAUUGGCUCAAGCAUUCGGGCAUUUCUCGAUGAAUACGAAUGUCAUAUAAAUGUAACGCAAGCCUCAUCAUCUCGCUUAUCGUGCAUAACAUCGGAGGCAACGCAACCGGAGCCCAUUCGCUCUUUACGCUUGGUUGUCGAUGGAGCCAAUAGAACAUUUACUUGUAAAAAUUCAGAUUCGGGAGAGCAACAGCAGCUGAUAAGUACAUCUCGUAGCUAUUAUGGUACAUAUCAUUACAAUAUGCCGCCUCCGCCGUGCUCUAUAUUCAACUAUACACAGGAUCCGCGCAUAAUGCAGAUUAAGCCACUACGCAGCUUUGCUAGUGGAGGUCGUAUCUUAACCGUACAUGGCAUGUAUUUGGACUCAGUACAAAAUCCUGAGCUCGAGGCUUUUCUGGAUAAUGAGCGUGUAAACAAAACAUCUUGCACUGUCAUCAAUUCCAGCCAAAUGGAGUGCCCAUCUCCUCCAGUCAAUGAAAAAUUUCAAUUAUUGAAAAACGCUAUUGGAAUGAAAUCCGAUCAGAGCUUCGAACGGAAACGAAAGCGCAAUGCACUAUUUAAUGGUAGUUUAAAUAUGUACGCAACAGGGUCAACAGUGUCUAGCUACUUUGCUAGUAAUAGUAUGGAUGUAGCGGCCUUUGUUAAAGUACAUGAGACUCAAUUAAAUUUGCAGCUUAGUUUUAUCAUGGACAAUGUGCAGUUGGUGCGAGAUUUGAAUAAAUAUUUUCAUGAAAUUCGCAGCACAAUUGUAUACCUGAGCGAUCCGAAAUAUUUGCCAUUCCCAAAUGAUGGCAUCAAACUCUAUAAAGGUGACAGCCUGGUCAUCGAGGGUGAAAUGCUUAAUUUGGCGGCUGAUGAGUAUGAUGUAAAUGUAACGAUCGGCACUGUUCAGUGCAAUAUAACGAGCCUUGCUCUUACACAAUUAUUGUGCAUACCGCCCGAGCAGCAACCCGCCUCGACUGAUGAAAAUGGUAUUGAUCAGUCAGCGGAUCUGCCGCUGGUUGUUGUUAAAGUUGGUCGUAAUUUGCGCUUUGUUAUUGGCUAUCUAAAAUAUGAUUUGAACAAACCGUAUUCGUUAUCACAUGCCGUACUUGGUAUCAUAUUGACGGUAGCUGCAUUGAUCAUUAUCCUUGUAAUUGUUUUAAUAAUAUUUCGGCGAAAGUCGACGCAAGCAGAACGUGAAUAUAAACGUAUACAAAUUCAAAUGAUCACUUUGGAGAGUAAUGUGCGGUCUGAAUGCAAACAGGCAUUUGCCGAACUACAAACUGAUAUGACAGACCUAACUGCGGACCUUGAAAGCAGUGGCAUACCAACGCUCGAUCAUAUCAACUAUAUUAUGAAAGUAUUCUUUCCAGGCGUAUCAGAUCACCCAAUAUUAAAUUCCGCAAAAAUUCGCGGGAAUAGCCAUCAUACAAAUUACGAUACAGCUAUGAUGCAAUUCGAGCAGUUGAUAAGCAACAAAUACUUCCUUUUAACAUUCAUUGAAACUUUAGAGAUGCAACGAUCAUCAUUUUCAAUUCGGGAUCGUGUAAAUGUUGCCUCACUUCUAAUGAUCGUUCUUAUGAACAAAAUGGAGUAUGCCACGGAAAUUUUGAAAUCGCUUUUGUUGCGUCUUAUCGACAAAUCAUUGGCAAGCAAGCAUCCGCAGUUGAUGCUGCGCCGCACGGAGAGUGUCGUAGAGAAGAUGUUAACAAACUAUCUAGCAAUUUGCAUGUACGACUAUUUGAAAGAAUAUGCCGGCUCAAGUUUAUUCUUGUUGUUCAAGGCAAUUAAGCAUCAAGUAGAGAAAGGUCUGGUCGAUGCUAUAACGCACGAUGCACGAUAUUCGCUGUCGGAGGAACGUUUACUGCAUGAACAGGUCACACAUUCUGUCGUUAUAUUGCAUAUUCUACAGGACGAUCUGGACGAGAAGGUUCAGUGUCGCGUCAAUGACUGGGAUACAAUAUCCCAAGUCAAGUUAAAAAUUCUUGAUGCCAUCUUCAAAAAUACACCAUUCUCAAUGCGGCCGUCAGUGCACGAAGUGGACCUUGAGUGGCGUCACGGUCGUGGUGGUCAUUUAACACUCCAGGAUGAGGACCUUACCACAAAGACUAUUAACGGCUGGAAGCGCUUGAAUACAUUAUUCCAUUACGGGGUUAAAGAGUCCGCCGUUAUGUCUCUUAUUGCCAGACAGAAUGAUAGCUACAAUAUGCCUUAUAGUAAACAGCAGGCUCCCUAUCACAAUUUUUAUUAUAUUAAUAAUUCGCAGAGUCAUAUAAUAAUCAACAACGAUAUUGAAUCGGGUCUCCAGCAACCGAGGCUUUAUCACCUAGUAAAGCCAAUAAUACCCGAUCACUAUAUGAAUAUAAAAAAUUCGGCAAUAUCUGGAGUCUUGCCACCAGCGCAGGGUGGUGCUCAUUGCAUUGGAAAUGGGAGCGAGCGAGUUAACAAAACUAUACCAGAAGUGUAUUUAACCCGAUUGCUAGCCACGAAGGGUACUAUACAGAAAUUUGUAGACGAUUUCUUCUCGAUUAUAUUGACUGUAAAUGAAGAGCUGCCACCGGCAGUUAAGUGGCUAUUUGAUCUGCUCGAUGAGGCGGCUAGACGUCAUGAUAUUGCUGACACUGAUAUUAUACACGCAUGGAAAUCGAAUAGUUUGCCACUGAGAUUUUGGGUUAACUUUAUUAAGAAUCCAGAUUUUAUAUUUGAUGUAAACAAAACGUACUCUGUUGACUCCUGCCUGAGUGUCAUCGCACAGACUUUUAUGGACGCAUGUUCAACAACGGAACACAGAUUAGGCAAAGAUUCACCAUCCAACAAACUUUUAUUUGCAAAGGAUAUUCCAAAUUAUAGAAGAAUGGUUAAGGAUUUCUAUAGAGACGUGGCAAGGCUUCCUCAAAUUAGCGAUCAAGAAAUGAGCACAGCAAUGCAGCAAUUGUCAGUUCAGCAGAAUGCAGAAUUUGACACCAUUUCUGCUUUAAAAGAACUGUAUAUUUAUAUAACUAAGUACAGAGAGCAGAUAAUGGAUGCUCUGGACUCCGAUCCCAAUUGUAAAAAAAUGCAUUUGUCCAGUAAACUCGAAAGUGUGGCCUGUACACUAGAUGGCGAGGAUACAUCAAACUGCUGACAAGAAUGUGAAUUUUAUUAUGUGAUUUAUGACGUUGCUAACCUGAUCUUUAUCAUUUCGAGUAUCCCAAUUUCAAUUUAAAUGAACAAUGAAUUGGGUCAUUGAAAACCUACAUACCACAUAAACAUAUUCUUUCAAGUGCCAACUAGAGCAGCAAACUAUGUCACAUAAUAUAAUUCGAAUGUACUUUUAAGUUAUUUACAUACAUAUAUAUACAUACAUUUGAUAUGCUUGAUAACUCAACGAUAACAAAAAAGACAAACAAAAUUCUCAAAACUUAUAGUAUAUUAUUUUACAAUAUUUUAAUUUAAUUCCUUAAUUUAAAUCGCAAAAAAAAUCUGAUUAAUACCGUUUUAUGGUCUAUAGGUUGCAUUAACAGAUUGAUAACAGAUAUAAUGCAGAUUGGUAACUUAGCAUUACGAGAACAUACUAAGUUAAAUAAGAAAAAGCAUGUAUGUAGAUAUCAAAUAAAUGUAUCUCUUUAAGAUAUAUUCAGGACUCUCAUGUAGUUAUUAUUAGGUUAAUUAGUAUAUUACGAUCUAACACGUACAUCUAAAAAUUUAAUUACACUCAUCGUAUUGAUGAUUUUGAUUCGUAUUAAUUAUAACAUAUAAUAAUAUGCAUUACAUCGACAAAUGACAUGACUGAAUUGUAAAAAAAAAACUUUAAUUGAAAGUCUGCAAAAUUUAUUACGACAAAAAUUAAUUCUACUCUAACUAUAUUUUAUAGUACAUUAAUGCUAGGGUCCAUUUGUAUAUGUAGGAUCCAUAUGUGUUAACAAGUAAUAUAUAUAACUUAAUUGGAAUUACAGUUACCGUUUUCUUCAAGGGCUUAAAAUUCCAACUAUAUUUUUACUAAAAGUUAAGAAUUUGACAAAACAUCCUUUUUUGUCACACGAAUAAUUCUUAUUCUUACAUAACUGCCCAUCAUGGAACUUAAUUUUAGGAUAUUCUUACUUUAAUGUAUUUUGCUAAUGAGAUGCCCUUUCAUUCGGUUCAAUAAAGAACCUAGUACUUUAGAACAUGUGAUAUAUAUCGUAUUAAGUUUGAUAAGCAAAGAUAUAAAAUGAAUUUUCUUAAAUGUCUACUUCUAAUGCCUAUCCAUCAACUUGUAGUCAAAUUCAACAUAUAACUUCUAGGAUAUUAAUAUAAUUUUGAAAAUUGGAUGCUUAUAUUAUAUGAUAUGGGUUCUAUUAAAUGUAUAGAAACUAUGUUGAGCUAUUCAAUAUAUUAUAUAUGUAUGUCUAUUUCUAGAUUACACAUAAUUUUGUCUUUAGAAAUAUCUACUUUUACUUCAACCAUCGCAAUUUAAAGUAGAAGCUUCCGCGAAAUACGCAAUUUAACAUUUACUAUUAUGCAUAAUUACUUGAAUUGAAUAUUAAGCUCACAUUAUAUUUCGAUUUUAUAUAUUUUAAUUUAUGCGUAUUUUAUUAUUUAUUUAGAUUUCAUUUCAUGUGUUUUGUAACUUUACUUGGCUACUGUAUAUAUAAGGAAAUACAUGAAUACAAAUACAUAAAUGAUAAGUUAUAUAUAGAUGAAAUAGUACAUACAUUAUGUAUAUACCUACAUUAUGAUCAUUAAUUUGUAAGGAAAUGUAAUUAUGAAAGAAUGUAUUACCACAUUAAUUUGAAUAAAGUUCAUUAGGUUAUUCAAGAUGACCAUAUAAUGUAA